UCAGCAUUGAUAAUAACACGCCAGCAAGCCCUCGGAUGGAUAAUCAUUCUGUUAUUUACACAAUAAAUUCACCCCAACGCUGGCAAUAAACCCACAACGGACUGAAGCAGGCUCACCAUCGAAAGUUUAACAAACCAUAAAGACGAUGAAGUGCUUAAUGAGAGAACUAUUUCCUUGUUUGAUGUUGUUGGCGCUGUGUUCCUCACUUCCUGUCCGCACUUCUUUGAGAGAUAAAUCGGCAUUGAGUUUACUGAAGCAGAAGCGCUCCGGAGAGGAAUCAUCAAUGCGAGAAUCUGUUUAUUUAAUUGCCAUGGUGAUCGGACAAAUGGAUGAAAAUCAUGACGGCAUGAUAGACAUAAACGAGUUACAGAAUCUAUUCCUCACAAUGAACCAGAACAUAGAUGUUGAUACAGCGCAAUACCUCUCGGAGGAGGUGUUCGGAAGUCUGGAAUUUGAGCAUAAUGAUGGAAAGCUUCCGAUCAUUGAUCUGGCGAUAUUCUUUGAUUCAAACUAUAUGGGAAUCUUCUGAUUGAUAACAUCACACAAAAUGGAUGAAACUGGACCAACCAAAUAGAAGGAUACUAGAGGAUGUGAAAUUUUCACAAUAUGAAGUUUUCAUUCUUUCAACAAGUGAUGGGACUGUACAUUCCAAAGACUCCUAAAGCAAUCUCAAGUGUAUGAACAGAGGAUUUCAAGCUAUAUUCAUUUCAUAUGUUGUGGAUUUUCAUUCGAUGGAAUUUUAGUUUAUCAUUUAUGUUUGGCUCUCAGAUGUCAAAAUUUGAAAAUAUUAAUGAAUAAUAAGAAAAUCAAUAUUUGAUGAGUAAAGUACCAUAUAUUGAUGAAAUUCUCAAAAUCAAUAUUUGAUGAGUAAAGUACCAUACAUUGUAGAAAUUCUCAAAACCAAUGAAAAUCAUUUAACUUGUCAAAUUAAUUAACAGGUUAUCAAAA